GGGGAGGGAGAAACUUGUGGCGAGGCGCGCGGCCCUCACGGCCACCGUAGUGACCGCCGUUAGGAGCAGGGCGGGGGGGAAUUUAAACGGCGGCGGAGCGCCGCAGGCGGCUUUUCUUCGGUAUGGCGGCUCCUGCGGGGCCUCUCCGUGGGAGGACCUUCUUCCUGGAUGUGCCCAGCGGGUGGGCGGCGAGGGAGCUGGCGGCGGUCAUCCGGCACCUGGGCGGGGUGACUGAAAGCUUCCUAAGCAAAGAAGUCAGCUAUGUGGUGUCCAGCAAAAAAGAAGCCAAACGAAGCAGAGCCAGAGCUCGGACUGAGAAGAGGGGCAGCGUGACCUCAGAGGAUACAAAAGCCCAGAGCUCAGCACCUUCCUUAUCCAAAGAGAGCCACACCAGACCUCAGCAGAAGCCACCAGACACCGCCCUGAUCAGCAGGGGAAGGGAGCUGCUGCAGAAGGCCAUGAAGAAUCAGGACACCUGCAGUGGCAGCAGCAUCCUCGCCAACGCUCGCUUGUGGGGAGUCCAGAUUGUGCACGUGGAUGAAAUGUUGUCAUACAUUCAGCAGCUGCUGUGUGCUGCCUCAGGAGCACGGAAGCAGAGGACAGAGGCACAGUGCCCCAUGUCUGGAUCAAGAGCUCACAAAGCAGGAAAACUGAAGCCCCCUUUUUUGAAGGUUGAAGACCAGAGCAGGCAAUUCCGGCCCUUCCACCACCAGUUCAAGAGCUUUCCUGGCCUCAACCUCCUGGCACCCAAGGGCUCCAGCCCCUUCGAGCCUCUGAAGAACCUCUCCAACUCCUGCAGGGCCGGGGCCGUGGAGGGCAGCCCGGAGCACAGCAAUGGGGAGAAGAGCCCCCAGUCCACAGCAGUGCCGAAGAAGAAGAGGGGAUUUUGUGAGUGCUGCCAGGAGACGUUCGAGGAGCUGCAGAAGCACCUGCAGAGCCCACAGCACAGAUGCUUUGCCCUGGAUGACUCUCAUUACGCCUUGGUGGAUCAUGUCAUCGCGCAGCUCACCAACAGCAUCACAGGGCAGCUGCCCAGGGUGCCGCUGUCCUGCCUGACAGAUGAACACUUAAUGCCUCGAGCACAACGUGCUGCAGGAGCUGAGGUGCUGACAGCAGUGCUGGGGGAGGAGAGGCAGCAGCAUGAGCAGGGGGCUGUGGGGCUGCUGAGUGCUGAUCCUGGCCCUGACACCAAGGGGUGCUCCUCCUGUCUGCCCAGGGACGGGGUCAGUAAUCCCACAGAAGCAGAGGGACUGACUGGGGGCUGCCCUCUGGGGCUGCCUGCUGGAUCCAGGGCAGCAACUGCUGCUCCGUCUGAGCCCCACAGACUUCUGCACACCCCUCCUGCCUGCAGGAAGCGCCCGCUGUGCCCCCCUCAGCCCACCCCACUGGGGAAGAAGCCCCGAGUGGAGCUGGGGGCCGUCCCCACUCCGUGCCCUGUGUUACUGCAGACCCCUCCAUGCAGCACAACAGCUCCCCGUGACUUUGGGGUGAGUUCUGAGUCAGACUGGGAUGUCCCGCUGCUCUCCACGCUGCUCCAGGACAGCAGGAUCCGCUCUGUGGACAGGGAUCUGCUCCAAAGGGGACACAGCAGCGUGAGGGACAGUGGGUACGACUCACAGCCCUGCUUGGUGCUGCGGCGGAACUCUGAGUCGGACAGGAGCUGCAGGAACUGCUGUGCAGGGAGCAGAGACACCUUUCCCCCAAUUUCAGACCUUUUGUGGCAGCUGGACUAAUUCUAACCACCUCCUGCCUGUUCUCCGGGCCCUCAAUGGGCGCUGGGCAGUGCCCCACACCUCCUGGGGGGCAAUACAUCUUCACCCAGCGCCUGCUGCCUGGGGGGAGCAAAAUGGGAUGCAGCCUUCUGCCCCAGCCCCUGGGAGAAGGGCACACGGCGGUGCAGAGCUCACUCCAUCACCCCACAGCAGCAGGAGGGCAGCAGCCUUGCAGCCGUUGGGGUCUGCAGUGCCUCUCUCCUGUUGGGAUCCGUGGGAUGGGCUGUGGCCUCAGCAUCCUCAGCAUCUCCCCCCCGGGAUCUGGCUGUGGUUGGGGUGGGUGUGCUUACAGAUGUUAUUAAUUGCCACCAAGCCCUUUGGUUUUUCUUUGUUUUUAAUGAACUUUUAAUAAAAUGAAAGAACAGA